AUGUCCACUACCAUACAGGUGAAGAAGGCACUAUCUGCGUUAUUACGUGAUCCAGGAAAUUCCAAUUGUGCGGAUUGUAAAAUUCAAUCUCAUCCGAGAUGGGCUUCAUGGUCAUUAGGUGUAUUCAUUUGUAUCAAAUGUGCUGGUGUUCAUAGAUCCCUGGGGACUCAUAUUUCUAAAGUUAAAUCAGUGGAUCUAGAUACAUGGAAAGAGGAACAUUUAGAAAUGCUGAUUAAAAUGAAAAAUAAUAAUAUUGCUAACGACUAUUAUGAAAAUUCUUUACCAGGUUCUUCUGAUUUAAGAAACGGGAUUACUGAUACCAAUAAGUUGAUACUGUUUAUCAAGAAUAAAUACGAGUAUAAGAAAUGGAUUGGCACGAAUCUGCACUUAGCAAAGCAUGAAACAAGUGAAUCUUUACCUUCAUCAGGUGACUCAUCUAAUUCACUUUUAGAUAUUGGUAUCAAUACUGAUGCUGUAGGUAAUAAUAAUAAUAAUGAUCAUAAUAAUAAAACAGCUCACAUUAGUCACGAACGUCCUCAUCCUAAAAGUGCUAGUGGUAGUUUAUUGAAUUUACAAACGUCAUCCGAUAAGUUUAAAUCCACAAGAACGAAAGAUACUCAUAGGAAUAUAUCGAGAAUUCAGUCGAAUCCGACUCGUGAAAGAGCACAACCAGAAAUUGUUCAAAGACCUGAUUUGAAAAAAUCGAUCUUAUCUUUAUAUUCGAAACCGGCAUCUAAUUCGCAAAGUCAAAGUCAAAGCACCUUUUUCAAUAAUAAUAAUAAUAACAAUGUAACAUCUGCAUCUACACCGGCAUUAGGUUCAACAUUUCCAUCAGCCAACGCUAAUAUCAUCAAUAAUACCAAUAAUAAUAGCACGUUUAACAUGAACAUGAACAUGAACUUCUCUACGAAUUCCAAUAACAAUAAUGAUAGAAAUAGUUCAAAUAUUUCAUUAGAAGAUAAUGAUCUAUUUAAGAACGUCUGGACUUAG